AUGUCACCCAAAAAGUUAAAAAUAGGGAAAGAAUGGUCCUUGCACCCAUCACUCCACGAUGACGUAUCGCGCCUCUUGGAGGCGGAUGGCCUUUAUUUCGAAUUCCACAACGUUGACGAUGACAUAAGUUGCACCAAAGAACAUGAUACAAAUAUAACGGGUCUAUUUUUAUGCCCAAACCGCACAUGCAGCGCCGGCGGAUGGUCAAGUAAACACAUUGCGGUCACUAUCCGAAUGUACACUGGAACGAGAUACAAUGCAAAGGUGUAUCAUCAACGCUGCGAGACCUGCGAGACACUGGGUCGGCCUCUUCUGAAUGAGUCCUAUGCGGAACGGGUUGUAUAUCGUCUUAAAAAAUGGAGUGGGAUACAAAUGGAACCACCACCUUUCUCUGGUAAAAGUAAUCGUCCACAUAAUAGAAAGUUAUGUGAGGGUUGCAAGGCUGGUCACUGCAAGGUGCAAGACCCAGAUUUGGUUUUGACGAACAUUUGA